GAAGGAAGAAGAACAAAAUAAAAGAGUUGAAGACGAGAAAGUUCGUUAAGAGAGUGGGAUGAAAAAAUUAAGGAUGACGAAGAUUGAUUAUGAGAAAAAAUGGAAUGAUUUUUAAAUGAGAAAAACAGGCGGAGGAGAUUUACGCAACAAGUAAUUCUCUUCCAUUCCAUUCCAUUCUCCGCUUUGGAACCAUAAACCAAAUCAUUUUCUUCUUCUCACAAUACCAACCUCUUCCAUUUCCCCCAUAAUCCUUUGCAUCUUCCCUCUAAUCAAUUACGAAAAGGGUCUCUUCAAUUUCCCUUUUAUUCUGAGAAAUCUGUGAGUUCAAGUCCAUUUUCAUCGAUGUGAUGUAGAUUAGUGGAAUUCUGGGGUGGAACCAAAUGCACCCAUAUAAUCGGCUGCCGAGCAGUGGCCACUCAACUCCGUCACCGCCGCAGUCGCCUCUUCGGUCCCCACGGCUGCGGCAUUCACGGUCUAAGGGCGGCCGCUUCACUCAAGCUCAGCAACCGGGUCGGACCUUUCCCCAGCGACUCGCCUGGUUAAUCCUCUCCGUUUUGCUUCGUCGCCAAGGGAUCUUCCUUUUUGCCCCUCUAAUUUACAUCUCCAGUAUGCUUCUUUAUAUGGGCACUGUCUCUCACGAUGUCGUUCCAGUCAUCAAACAUCGCCCUGCUGCUGGCUCUGUUUAUCGAAGUCCCCAACUCUUCGCCAAGCUGCGCUCCGACAUGGAUGCUGAUAACUCUUCCACUGAUGCGAUAUCGACGAUAUGGAAACACUCUUAUAAAGGUGGUCAGUGGAAACCAUGUAUCAGCAAUUCCACAGGAGGCCUACCGGAGUCGAAUGGAUAUAUUUAUGUUGAGGCAAACGGUGGUCUAAAUCAGCAAAGAACAUCAAUAUGCAAUGCAGUUGCUGUGGCUGGCUAUCUAAAUGCAACACUUGUAAUCCCUAAUUUUCAUUUCCACAGCAUUUGGAGAGAUCCUAGCAAGUUCAGCGAAAUAUAUGACGAGGAAUAUUUUAUCAAGACGUUAGAGAAUGAUGUGCGCAUUGUAAACAAGAUUCCAGAAUACAUUAUGGAACGCUUCGACCACAACAUGACUAAUGUCUACAACUUCAGAAUAAAGGCAUGGUCGUCCAUUCAUUACUACAGGGAUACUGUGCUUCCAAGAUUACUUGAUGAACUGGUCAUAAGAAUUUCGCCUUUUGCAAAUCGACUAUCAUUUGAUGCUCCUCCUGCUGUUCAACGCCUUCGAUGUUUAGCAAAUUAUAGAGCGCUGAGAUUCUCUACUCCUAUAUUAUCAUUGGGAGAGAUUUUGGUUGCUAGGAUGAGAGAACGCAGUGCCAGAGAUGGUGGGAAGUAUAUUUCUGUACAUCUUCGCUUUGAGGAGGAUAUGGUUGCAUUCUCGUGUUGUAUUUUUGAUGGUGGGUCUAAAGAAGUGGAAGACAUGAAAGCAGCCAGAGAAAAAGGAUGGAAAGGGAAGUUCACAAAACCCGGUAGAGUUAUACGUCCCGGUGCGAUAAGGGUUAACGGGAAAUGUCCAAUGACUCCUUUAGAGGUUGGCUUAAUGCUUAGGGGAAUGGGAUUCGAUAAUAGCACGUUUAUUUAUUUGGCGUCGGGAACGAUAUAUGAUGCUGAGAGAAAUAUGGCUCCGCUUUUGGAGAUGUUUCCGAAUCUGCUUACGAAGGAAAUGCUGGCAUCACCUGAAGAACUUUCUCCAUUCAAGAGUUUUUCUUCCAGGAUGGCUGCUAUAGACUAUACAGUUUGUCUCCACAGCGAGGUAUUUGUGACAACACAGGGUGGCAACUUCCCACAUUUUCUGAUUGGCCAUAGAAGAUACUUGUACGGUGGACACUCCAAAACGGUCAAGCCGGACAAGCGAAAGUUAGCAUUACUUUUCGAUAACCCUACAACCGGAUGGAAAAGUUUUAAGAGACAUAUGUUCAUCAUGCGGAGUCAUAGUGAUUCCAAGGGGUUUGAGCUCAAAAGACCAAACGACUCGAUAUACACCUUCCCUUGUCCAGAUUGCAUGUGUUUUACCAACAAAUCAAACGCUACGAAAUCGUCAUCAGCCCCUUGAUUUUCAGAGUGGGAGACUCGAUGGGGCCAUAUACCCUUAGAAAUGUAAUCUUGCCAACACAUAUUGCUGCUAACCAUCCAUUUUCUUUUGUAAUUCUUUCAUUUUUUUCCCUUUCAACACGGCGAGAGGGCACACCCUGAUUCGGGAUCUUCAAGGAUUUGUAGUAGGGGGGUCAUAUUGAUCUGGUUCUUUCUGAAAAUAGGAUUGUGUGAGGAGUUACAUCUUUCUAAGAUUUGGACGACCGCAGUUUAUUUUGGUUGAGAGCAUUUGUAAGGUUUUGGCUGAGGCAUUGUUUUUGUUUUACCUUUGAAACUGCAGCUGCUGUAUCUAACAAGCUGUAGAAAAACACUUGUUUGUUCACCAUAGUUAUUCUUUUCUUCCCAUUGUUCCUGAGAUUUUUGUGAUAGGUUUUAGGUUAAGAGUGCAGAUCAAUACUGUAAAAGUGUGAGUGUAGUUUUGUUAGAUAUAUCUUAUCAUAUUCGUUUUGGAUA